UGUCCUUCCUUUUAAAACAGGACUGCACUCUGUUCAGUUUGAACUAGAAAGCAAAAUGAUGCUCUGUGGCACAGAAUAAAACUUUGCUUUCCUUAGGUGAGGAGGGCCUAGUACCACUAUCACAAAUGCCGUCCCACUGUGGCGUUUUGUUGAGGAGGGCACACAGAGACGUUGCACUCACUGCCAAGUACGCUGGCUGUAAUGUUGCACAGCAGGGGAAUAGCUACAUCCUGCCGUUACGGGUUUCGGGAGUUGCUGUGAAGAUGGUCUGUCCUGUGGCUUGUCCUCUCACUGUCUCCUGUAGCCCUUCAGCUAUGGUUGUCAAUCUUGGUGUGUCUACAGCUGCUGUCAGGCUGAAGGUGAAUGGUGUAUGGCAACCUGUGUACCAAGCUUCCACCUGUGGCUUUACCUUGGAAGUUGUGGGAGGUGGACUGACCCUCACUGCACCAUAUGCGAGCAACUGCUGGCAAUUUGAGGGUGCCAAGAUGCUUUUGUCUGUGCAAUACAUGGAUAGGGAGUUGACCUUGUCCUGCCCAGCUGUUCAGCCCCCAGCUACUACUCCUUUACCUGCUCACACGGAUCCUGAAGCUUCCACAGAUGCCCAUAUGACUACCUUGGCUACUACGGUUGCACCAGCUAGUGCUGAUCAGUUGCCUUUCUAUCCUUGGUUACGUGGACUGUAUUAUCCUUAUGGUUAUGGAAUGCCAUGGAACUUCCAAAAUGGCCAUCUGGGAACUCCCCCAGUUACCCAGACCACCACAACUACUUCAGCUGCUGCUACAACUACUCCAGCUGCCACAGUUGCACCAACUAGUGCUGGUCAGCUGCCUUUGUAUCCUUGGUUAUCUGGAGUGUAUAAUCCUUAUGUUUAUGGUAUGCCAUGGCGUUUUCAAUAUAGCCAGCCUGGAACUCCCCCAGUUACCCAGACCACCACAACUACUCCAGCUGCCACAGUUGCACCAGCUAGUGCUGAUCAGCUGCCUUUCUAUCCUUGGUUAUCUGGAAUGUAUUAUCCUAGUGGUUAUGGAAUGCCAUGGAAUUUCCAAUAUGGUCAUCCUGCAACUCCCCCAGUUACCCAGACCACCACAACUACUCCAGCUGCCACAGUUGCACCAGCCAGUGCUGAUCAGCCGCUUUUGUAUCCUUGGUUACCUGGAAUGUAUAAGCCUUAUGUCCCUAUGGGUUCACCUGGUGUUCCAGUGUCUGCCCCUAACAGUGGGGUUAAACGGCAGAUGUACCAAAUGCCCUGGAUGAAUGCCUUUCCCCAAGUACCUGGCUUGAAAUCAAAUGCCAGGCUCUCCAGUGGUUAA